GCCCUAAUUCCCUCCCACCACUCAUCUGUUCAGCAUGGCGCACAGCCAUUCCGACAGUGACCACACCGUCUGGGACGAAACCCGCACCACCGCUGCCAAGGACGAUUUGGAGACCGAUUCUGACGAGAACCUGCCCGAGGCUGCAGAACCCCCCACGGAUAGCCAGCCCGUCGAAAAGCAUGUCGACACCGAUGUCGAGAAAGGUGCACCCGCCCAGGAUCCGCCAGUUGCCCCCGUCGAUCCGAAUAUCGUCAACUGGGAUGGCCCCGAUGACCCGGCCAACCCGCGCAAUUGGUCCAAGAGCUACAAGCUGGUGAAUGUCACGCUCGUCAGUUUGUCGGUGUUGUAUGUCAACCUGGCCACCACCAUGUUUGCGCCGGGUGCCUCCAUCAUGCAGCGCGAAUUCGGCUACAAGAGCUCCACCGUCGAGAUCCUGACCGUCACCAUCGCAUCGCUGGGGUUUGCCAUUGGUCAGCUCUUCGUAUCGCCGCUGUCUGAGGUCUUUGGACGCAUGCCCAUCUACCGCGUCAGCGCCAUCUUCUACCUGGGCUUCACGGCCGGCUGCGCGCGCAGCACCAACGUCGCCGAGUUUCUCGUCUUCCGCUUGUGUACCGGCUUGUCUGCUUCCUCCUACAUGUCCACGGGAGGCGGUACCGUUGCCGACUUGUUGGAGAAGCAGGAACGAGGAGUGGCCAUGGCCAUCUUUACGGCGGGACCCCUCUUUGGUCCGGUGUUGGGUCCGAUCAUCGGCGGUUUCGUCACGGAGAACCUGAGCUGGCGAUGGACCUUCUAUCUGAUUAUGAUGCUAGCCGGAGCCGUCUCGGUGGCGUCGUUUCUCAUCAUGCGCGAAACCAGUGCAGUGGCCAUUCUCAAGGCCAAGACCAAACGUCUGAUGAAGGAGACCGGCAAUCCCAACCUGCGCGCAGCCGGCGACCGACAGAUUCCGAUCCAGGUGCUUGUGCGACAUGCCCUCGUCCGUCCCAUCAAGUUUCUCUACCAGUCGCCUGUCGUCUUCCUCAUCUCCCUCUACAUUGCGUUCAAUUUCGGGGUGACCAUGCUCUUGCUGGCCACCUUCCCGUCCAUCUAUGAAAAUACCUACCACUGGAGCGUGGGCAUCUCCGGACUGGCAUACAUUGGGGUCGGUGUGGGCUGCGCCAUUGGAGUAUUCAUCUUUGCCAAGUUCAGCGAUCGCCUGGUGAAGCCCAAUGCUGGGGGCACCUAUCGCCCCGAACGGCGUCUGAUCUUGAUGAUGUUUGUGUCACCGCUGUUCCCCAUCGGCCUGUUCAUCUAUGGCUGGACGGCCAAAUACCGCACGCCAUGGAUUGCGCCCAUCAUUGGCACCGCCGUGUGCGGGCCCGGGGCGGUGGUCAUCAGCUCGUCGGCGCAGACGUACAUGAUCGAUGUCUUUGGGCCGCAGACCGCAGCGUCGGCCCUCAGCGCCAUCACGCUCCUGCGCAAUCUGACAGGAGCGUUUCUGCCACUGGCGGCGCCGUCGCUAUACGACCACCUGGGUCUAGGCUGGGGGAACAGCGUGUUGGCGUUUAUUACCAUCGGAUUCAUUCCGAUCCCGUUUUUGUUCUAUCGCUAUGGCGAAUGGUUGCGGACGAAGUUUCCGGUCAACCUGUAGACCGGUCUGUGUGUACUCUAUUCUACUUCUGUAUAUUUAGCAUUAUCUAUUCCCGGAAGGAUUCCCAUUUGUUUUCCUGUCGUCGGCCGUUGAUUGGUGCCAUUCCAGGCGGUUCCAUGUUAAAUGGAGUCAAGCUUAUCCCCUAGUCUGCUGAGACCCACAUGGGGUCGUAAUAUCACACAAUCGCGCAAGGAUUUUCCGUGCUCCCCCCCCUCCUUCA